CAAGCCAUAGCCAUGGGCAUGGUAGACACGCUUGUGCUGCGUGGGCUGUACCCGCUGCUCCUGGUUGUGGCCUGGGCGGUCAAGUGCAACGCAGUCGGCGGCAUGCACCUGCUGGCCACUCUGGCGUACUUCCCGCUCCUCGCCGCCCACCCGCAGAGCCUCAUCGCCCAGCUGCGACAUGCGAGUGUUGUGGCAAGUGUGGCGGCCCUGGCCCUCGUUGUCCAAGCUGCGUUGCACAUUGCUGGCGCCGCUGGUGUCGACGACCUCGCGCCGCACGCGCCGCACGCUGCCACCCUCGCCGCACUCGGCUACGACCCGUCGUCAGCAGGCGGCGCUGUUGCAGCGGCCUUUGCACCCGAUCUGGCGCUUGUUGUCUGCAUUGUCGCGUACCGGAUAGCUCGCGGCAGACCAGGAGCUGACGGACGAGAGCGGGUACAGUCGGCGGUGCUCAACGCCCUCGUCUCGACGCUUGAUGGUUCGGCGGCGACGUCUCCGCUUGCGCACUCGGUUGUCGCUUGCAUCGUCGCCGCUGCGGUAGCGCUUCUGUGGCCGUCGGCGCUGGCGGCGCCUUACCUCCUUGCGGUGGCUUGGACGCUGCUGCGGUGGUCUUCGCCGGCCGGGAGCCUCCCGCUUGGAUCAUGGGCGGCGCUCAUUGUCGCUCGGCUCUACGUCACGCUCCACGGCAUCGCGCUCUAUGCAGCGCAGUUCCCGUCGCUGCCAGCGUCUGAAGUCCGCAACACGCUUGGUCUUGUUCGCCCGACCGGGUUUUCAAGCACCUUUCUCCCUCUCUAUCUCUCGAUGGCGUGUCUCCUGCUCCUGUAUGCGGUGCUCACGUUCUGGAGCGCAAAGGUGAGUCGGCGGGCGGCGCGGGCGGCGGCGCCGGCGUCGCAGCGAGUCCCGCUCUUGCUGGGCUCGGACGAAGUGUCGGACGGGACCGACUCGGAGCUCAACGCUCGGAUUUCGCGGCCGCCGCGGUCGCGGCGCUCCGGGCUUCUCUGGUUGCCGCUGCGGUUUGUCUUUCGCCACUCGCUCAAGGUUGCCAUUCUUGCCCUGCUGGCGUCGACGCUGCUGUUCCCGUCUUACCUUGGCGUUCUCUUCCUCGGCUUUGUCAUGAUGGGCUUUGUUCUGCCCAACAAGACCUUUGUGCUCUUUGCACAGCCGCUCGCACUGGCCCUCGUCGGCGUCCUCCUCGGCCUCUAUGUGUACAACAUCCAGGGCGUUUCCGAGUACUCGUAUGGCGCGUGCUCGGAUGAGUCGCUGCAGGGUGACGCGAGCCGCGAGUCGGCGUGCGUGGCAUACACAGCAUGCGUGUGGUGCCCAGAUGCACUGGCUUGUACCGAGAAGAGCUCGUUUCUAGCGAGCAACUCGACGUGGUGUGGGAGCCCAGUGAGCGGUGUCGGCAUCCGUGACCUGGCAUUCCAUCGCGAUCCGCUGGCGACUGCUGGACUCAAGGUCUGGUCGCUUCAAUGGCGAUGGCUCCCGCUGACUGGUUAUCUUAUCACAGCGUGGCUCAUGGCCCUUGCUGCGCACCUCGAGCCGUACAUUUUGGGCGAGUCUGACGCACCGCCGUUUGCCACCCAGAGUGCACGUGCGCGCCGGCCAGAUUCGGCCGGCGACUACCUGUUUCUGAACGAGCGAAUGCCGGCUGGACCUGAGCCGCCGUCGGCUCGAUCGGCGUGGUCGGUCACGUACGACUCAGUCCGAUACACGUUGCUGAGCAUCGGGCGACUCUGCCUCGAGCACGCGUACUUUUUGGCCCUCCUUGCGCUCUUUGUCUUUGGCCUCGCGCGCGUCUCGUACAUCAACGCGGGAUACAUGCUCUUUUUCAUCGUCUUUGUCAUUUCGCCCGGCGUCGCGCGUUCAUGCUGGAUCGCACUUGUCAUCUACACCGAGAGCGCGAUUCUGCUGGUGUACUUUUGGCAGUUUCCGGCGACCGACGACGUGUCGCGGGAGACGGCCGACGACAUUGGCGUGGCCAACCUGAGUCAAAAGUCGGUAUCGCUCUGGGCCGAGCUCUCAUGGCAUCUGGCCAUUCUCUUCUUUGUCGUUCUCCAGCACCAUGCGUACGUCAUGCUCGACAGGGUGGAGGCCAAACUUGAGGCGCGGGCAAGAAACGCAACGUCCGCGGCCGCGCUCCUCAUCUCACCCAUCAACCCCAGCGCGGGUGCGGGAGCAGACACAGGCACUGUGUCCGAACAUGAUGAUGGCGCCGAAUGCCCGGCGUCGGGCGCGAGCAGCCGCUCUGACGCGUCGUAUGAGGAUCUUGACGACGAGGCCGGUGGCAAGAAACUUGGCCUGUGCUCGCGGGCGGAGCUGCCGCGACUCGCCCGCGAGCUGCUUGUUGUGCUUAUGGCGUACUUUCGCAAGUACGGCAUGUGGAUCUCGUACGGUGUUCUUGUGGUGGUCAUCUUUUUCCGCGCGCGGGUCUCGGUCAUCACUCUCGGCUUUGCGCUCUUGCUCUACGCGUGCAUUGUGGUGCAUCAGCUGACCAAGUCUGCGCACGUGGUAGUCCACAAGCUCUGGUACGUUCUCGUUCUCUACUCGGGAGUGGUGGUCAUCGCCAUGUACCUGUACCAGUUUGAGUUUUUCCGCAAGCACACCAACUCGUUUGUGACCUCGCUCGGAGCGCAGCCGUCGAUCACUGGGCUCACGUACGACGCAUCGAGCGCGGCGUCGAGCUCGUCGGCGUCAGCGGCGUGGUACCGGGUCAAGGCCAUGUUUGGCUACACGGUUGUGCUCGCGGUGGUAGUGGCGCAGCUGCGCGAGUUCCGCCGGCGAGCGUCAGGCGCGAUGCCCGAGCUGGCGGUCCCGAUCCCGAUCUUUAUCAAGACGCUGGUGCGGCUCGGCAUGCGGGCGCUUAUUUUGCAUGCCGACAAGCUGACCAUGCUCACCAUGUUCUUUGUGGUUGUCCGCGACGUGCGGCUUGCCUCGGUGGUGUACCUCAUCUUCCUGGCGUCGAUGGUGGUCUUUCCGCGGACUUCGCGCGGCGUGUACGCGCCGCUCAUGCUGUGGUGCACGGUGUACUCGUUGGCGCACAUGGUGUUCCAGCUGGCGUACGAGGUGGACAAGUUUUCACUUUCGGAGCGGCGGACGCAGCAGGCUCACUGGCUGGGCUUUACACAGCUGACCUCGUCGCAGCUGGUUUGGCACGGUCUCGGCUCGGAGCUCCUGGUCAUGACCGCCAUUCUCAUUCAGCACUACUCGGAGCGACUCGGUGCCCUGCUGACAGCCGCCGAGCGGCGGUGUGCGGUGUCGGGACCGUGCACGCUGUUCAUCAUUCCGGCGCCGGCGGAUGACGAGCUCAACGCGCGCGACGAGGAGGGCAACCGGGUGGAGACUGGCGUCAACAACCUGCUUGUCAUCGGCGCAUACUAUGCGUCGCACGCGUUCCGAUGGUGCGGCUACCACGUGGUGACCACUUUCCUGGUCAUCGGCUGCUUUGUGCGGCUCGACAUCAUCGGGCUGGCGUAUCUGCUGCUCUGCGGGGUGCUGAUGGUGCUCGGGCGUCAGCGUGCUGCCAAGGUGUGGCGGACGGUGCUUGUUGUGCUUGUGCUCGUGCUCUUCUGGGAGUACACACUUGUCCUCGGCCUCCCGGCCAAGGUCUACUGCGAGUCGAGCGUGCCAUUCAAAUGCGGCCCACACGGCGAGUGCUCGUUCUCGGGCACUUGCGUCUGUGUGUUUGGCUUCAAGGGCGAUGCGUGCCAGGCGCGCGAUAGCUCGCACGCCGACGACUCGUCGCCGUGGUGGCAUGCGCGAACGAGCAACACGCUUGUGCUCAAGUGGCUCGGCCUCUUUGCCUCGUCCGCAUCGGCGUCGUACAUCGACUUUGUUAUUGUGCUCCUGUGGUCGCUCCAACUCCGGGCUUUCCUCGCCGAGAAGCGGGUCCGGCGGCGUCUGGCUCAAGCAGACGGCGUGGUAACUGCCGCCGACUGGGAGCCUCUGGUCAAGAACGACUUUACCGUUGUUCCGCGCUCGUUCAUCGAUGCCAUCCGGUUUGUGGUCAUGCGGUUUUCGGUCAAGGUUGCGCUUGCGUUUCUCUUUAUCAUCGCAACGGUGGAGACUCCGCGGCGCGACGGCGGCGACACCUCACACACACGAGUCGACCUCAUCUCGCUUGGCUAUCUUGUUUUCUCGCUGGUGUAUUUGCACCUUGGUGAUGGACUCAACCGGCAGCGGAUGAUGUACUGGAAGGUGCUGCGACUGUACAACUACACAGCACUGUUGCUGCACGCCCUUUUCCAAACGCCAUUUGCAGCGACAGACAUGGGCGGCAAGACACCAUGGGUCUUUGCCAUGGUUGGCUUGCUCAAGCUGGCGCCGCCAAACGGAAACAACAUUGCGUUCUCUGCGGCCGGCGUCGGCAUGGACAUCAUCGCCUUUGUGGUCCUUCUCCUGCAGAACACCAUUUUUGCGGCGGCCGACUACGACAAGGUUGUGGCGUAUGUAGAGCGGAACCAGAGCGGCGCGUACCGGCAUGCGGUGGCGCUUUUUGACGUGUACCACGACUCGCUGGUGGCGGCGCGCGAGGAGGCGCGCGAGCAGGCCAAGAUCCGCAACGAGCGGCUGCGGGCGAUUCGGGCUGACCGUCGGCGUCGUGAGGCGGUCUUUGCCGGCGUCGGCACGGUUGCACCCGUCGAUCUAGCCGCCGAGGUGGCUGCCGCUGCCGCUGAGGCGUCUUGCUCGUCGUCAGGCCUCGACGAUUACGACGACGCCAGCGGGAGCUGCAGCGGCAGUGGUGACAUUGGCAGCUCAACGGCAGUGUUGAGGCGCGGCGGCAGUGGUGGCAGCGGGCUGACGUCGCGCCGUGACCAGCCACUGCUGAUGGCGCGUGCAAGUGCGAGUAGCAGCAGGAGCAGUGACGGCGGCGAGGUCGAGCGCGGUGCCAACGACGGAAGCGACGCGAGCGGUGAUGCAAACGAGGAGGAGAGCGAGUCGUACUGGGCCAUGAUUGUCCGGUGGGCGUCGACUGCGCUCGAGCUCUUCAUUGUCGCGCUGCUGCGGUUCCCGUGUGACACGCCACUAACCGAGGAGGAGGAGACGUUUGAGAGUGAGCUUGUUGCGCGGACCCGGCUCUCGCUUCAGGCGCGACUGGCCAACACGGCGGAGGCACGUGCCGAGCUCGAGGCAUUGGCUGCAGCCGAAGCGGCAGCGGCGGCCGUGGGCGCAGACGAGGACUCGGAGGUCGAGGCGUAUGCUGUGUCACGCGCGCGGGUGCUCGGGUAUGGCCUGUGGCGUGUCUCUGCGCACAACACCAUUUGGAUGUGCUUUGCUCUGUUUGUCCUCGAUUGUGUGGUGUAUGGGUCUGUGGCGGCGAUGGUGUUCCCUGUCUCAGCGCUGCUUGCAGGGCUUGUGAUGAAUCCGCGGCCUCGCAAGUGGUACUGGCAAGCCAUGCUGCUGUACACCGAAGUUGUGCUUGUGGCCAAGUUUGUUAUGCAGUUCCCUCUCAUUUGCGUCGGGUAUGAGGACGUGUGGUACUCGCAGCAGCGCGAACUCGUGUACACGUUCAACAGCCGACUGGAGCCUGUUUGCCCGUCAUCGUUCUCGGGCGGACAACUGGAGCUCUCGUUGCCCAACAUGCUCGGAUUCUCCAAGGUGGUAGACACGCGAUUCCUUGGCGGCGUAGUGUUUGACUUUCUCAUUCUGCUUGCGCUCAACACGCAUCGCUACAUCCUCAAGGCGCAGGGCGUUUGGGAUUUUGACCUGGAAGUUGCGGCGCAGGAGCGCGCGGAGCGGCUGGCGGCGGCGCGUGGUGUCGAGGGCGAUGUUGAGGCCGAGACGCAGAUUCUGGUCGAGGGCGGACGGCCAAGCCCACAAGCGGCAGCGCGGUCUGCGGCGUCGGGCUCAAUCUUUGGCUCUUACUCGGAAGAGGAGGAGGAUGAGGAUGAGGUGGGGAUGAGCGCGAGCGGUGACGCUGAGGCUGGGCUGUGCAUCGGGAGCAAGAGCGAUGUCGAAGACGAGGAUGCGGGGCAGGACGAUGACGGCCUGACGGCGAGGUGCGCUGCGGCGCCUGCGGCCUCUGAGCAGGCCAAGAUGGGACGCGACCUGUACAUGGCGUCAUUCCUCUUUGACCUCAUUGGCUUUCUUGUUCUUGUGUUUGGCUGGGGCUACUUUGUGGCGGCCUCGCCGGGAUCGGGCUCCGCGUCGUCAAAGAACUUUGUGUCGUUUGUGACGUCGUCGCAAAUCCCAUUCUCGUUUGUGCUUGUGCUGAUGGCGAACUUUGGGAUCAUGAUCGCGGACCGAUGCAUCUACCUGCUGCGGUCACUCCGUAGCAAGGUUGUGCUGCAGUACGCUGUCGUUGUGGGCUUCCACCUGACGCUCUUUGUGGUGCUCCCGCUCCACAAUCGGGCGCCGAUUCUCUCGUCACCGCUUGUGGUACUCUUUUACUUUAUCAAGGCAGUCUCCUUUGCCUGCUACGCCCUGCAAAUCCGGUACGGAUACCCACAGUUUAACAAGGGCCAGUUCCUGACGCGGCAUGCGGACGAAGUGUACUCGAAGCUGUUUGUGGUUUAUCGCGCGAUUCCGUUUGUGUACGAGCUGCGGACGCUGCUCGACUGGAUUUGCUCGGACACUACGCUCGAGUUUUACCACUGGCUGCGUGUGGAGGAGAUCUACGCUAACUUGUUCAUGGUCAAGUGCCGAGUCAACUAUGACCUUGCACACCCGCGGGCUCCUGGCGAGAAGCAGAGCCGGUCUGCCAAGUGCACGACCGGAGUGUGCCUGUUCAUUCUGCUGGCGCUGGUUCUUUGGCUCCCGCUGCUGCUGUUCUCGUCAGCGAAUCCCGCGGUGAAGCCGAACACGAUCGCAUCUGUGGAGAUGAACCUGUACGUGUCGGGCUAUGCUGCGCUGUGGUCGGGACGGGUAACGAACAACAAGGUGGCCGAGUUGGCGUUCCCGACGGUGCGCGGGCGAACGAACUUUACAGUACUCGCGGAAAGCUACCCGAGUGUGUUUGAGCAAGACGACUUUAAGAAGGACAACGUACAGGUCUCUGUUCUCAACCGCAACUCGAACGGAGUGUGGGGCAUUCCGCCAUCGUCGCGACUGGGGAUGGAGGCGAUGCUGGCGCGGUACAUCGAUGCACCAGACAAGGCCUCACUGCGGCCGCGGGUCUCGCUCUCGAUGGCGUACACGCGGCAGCAGACGCAGGCGUCGCGGGUGGUCGAGGCGUCGCAGUUGCACCUGCUCACGCUCGACGAGACGGUGCAGAUGUACAACCUGCUCCGGUACGGCAAUGUGUCGACAGUGGUGCUCCGGGGCGCGUUUGCGCGGUUCAUGCAUCUGGGCCCGGACAAUCCUGCUGAGGUGUUCCCGUCGAACGAGCGGUUCGACGCCAGCCUCUCGCUCAUUGCGUCGGAGGAGGUGGUGACUGUUGACAAUCGGACAUUUGCGCUCCGUGAGUGGUGGCAGUUCCAGCAGCUGGUCUCGCCCGACUCGAUCUUUGUGGAUCCGAACGACGGGACCGACUACCGGGUCCAGUUUGUGGCCAAGUCGGACCUCAUUGCGGCUGGUUUGUUUGGCUCGUUUGUUUCUGGCGGUGUGCUUUCGCUCUACCUCGGUCUUGUUCUCACCAUCGGCAAGUUCCUCCGGGUCUACGUGGAGUCUUCGUCUGCGCGGAUUGUGUACGAGGAGCUGAAGCCAAACGUUGAGGCGAUUCUGCGGCUGGUCAAGGACCUGAUGCUCUCGAGGCAGUCGAACCCACCAGAUCUGGUUCUGGAAGCCGAGCUGUACAAGGAGCUUGUGCAGCUGUACCGGUCGCCGGAGGCGCUGAUCGAGGUGACCAAGGCCAAGUGGAACAUGGCGUUGUGGAAGCAGCACUCCAAAGCAAUCAAGGGAGCCGGGGCGGCAGCGAUCUCGGACGUGCGGUACAAUGCGUCGCGACACAUGAGCAGUCUAGUGAGUAGCGGUAGCGGGCUGGUGCAAGCUGCGGCGACGAAGGCGGAGGACCUGCAGUGCCUGCGGGCGGCGGCGCGGGGAGACGCGGAGGGGGUGCGCCAGUGGCUCGCGGGCGGGGCAUCUGUGGACGCGUUUACAGAGGACGGGUACACGGCGCUGCAUGUGGCUGCGCAGGAGGGUCAUGCUGAAGUGGCGCGGCUGCUGCUGCAAAGCGGAGCACGGACGCAGACGUUUUCGUCGGGCGGCGACACACCGCUGCAUGUGGCGGCGGUGGCGGGCUUUGGCAAGGUUGUGCGUGUCCUCGCUCUCCAUGAUGCCGCCAUCGACGAGCGCAACUCGGAGACUGGCGAGACAGCACUGAUGGCGGCGUUCUUGGCGCGGCAGACGGCGACGGUAGCGACGUUGGUCGGGCUCGGCGCCUCGGUUAACGCCCGCGACUCGGAGGGCUGGGCCUUGCUGCACUUUGCGGCGUCGUCCAACGCUGUGGAGGAUGUGCGGCUGCUGCUGGAGCUGGGUGCGGAUCCGGGCGUGGCGACUGAGGGCGCCGAUGCCGGUGACACGCCGCUGCACCUGGCGGUCGGGCGCGGGUUUGUCGAGGUGGCGUGCAUGCUGUUGGAGGCUACACCGUCGCCGCUGGAGCUGGUACAGGCGCCGAAUAGCGGAGGGCGGAGUGCGCUGCACGAGGCGGCGCUGCACGGUCGGAUCCGGUCGAUGUAUGCUUGCCUGCGGGCGGGAUGGGGCGUCGAGCUUAGACCGCUGGUGGUCGAGUUUGAGCGCACACUCGCGGACCCGGACGCCGGCGAGGCCGAUGCCGAGCGGCUAAGUGCCGACGACGAGGGCCGGGUACUCACGGCGCUAGCGCUGGCGGAGCUGCCUGUGGAGACGCCGCACGAGCAGGUCCGCGAAGAUCGCGACGCAGCAGGCUACACGCCGCUGCAUCUGGCGGCGCGGGCAGGUCACUUUGAGACUGCGUUGGCGCUGCUGCGGGCAGGAGCUGCGGUCGAUGUUCCACAAGCGCGCACCGGCGAGACAGCGCUGCAUCUUGCAGCGGUGGAGGGAAAGGAGACAAUGAUGGCGCUGCUACUGGCGGCGGGAGCAAGGAGUAGCGUGGCCGACGACAUGGGUCACACGGCGCUUCACUGCGGCGUGGCGGCCGGAUGCAGUGCCGAGAUGCUGCUGAAGCUGUUGGCGGCCGGCGGUGACGUCGACGCGCCCGACAGCCACGGCUUUACGCCGCUGCACAUUGCUGCGCUGCACGGGCGAGUCAAGGCUGCUGUGGUACUGGUCAAGGCUGGAGCCAGGGCCGAUGCCUUGUCUGAGCGGAACCAGACACCGGCAGAGGUGGCACGGGCGGCCGGCCACGAGCAGAUUGUGUUGCUGCUGACGCACGACGAGGAGUAA